UACACCAAGAGCUGAUUACAUUGGGAAGACGGUCCUGCAGCGCUGCUCUGGAACUGUAGUCACCCCCCUAUAAGUACAGAUGUAAGGUGGGCUUUCAUCCUGUUUAUGAAUGAGUGCAACCAGCAGGGGCUAGCUGAACUAUUUCACCUCCUGCAACACAGGGGCAGUGACCAGGGGCUGGGAGAGAGAGACAGCUUGUUUCUCAGAGACUGGAGAGCGCUGUCUUCUUUCUCACAGAACAUUUAAAGCUAAAGAGCGUUUGGAAGAGCGGAGAGACAACGCUCCAGGGACUGGCAGUAAUGGGGGCUUCUGAGGAAACCCCAGGCGAUGGGGACAUGAAAAAAGAGGAUGGGGCGGUCUAUCUGCGGAAGAAAAUCACUUUGGUGCGAGCCAUCUCCUUGACCAUUGGGACAAUUAUUGGAAGCGGCAUAUUUAUAUCUCCAAAAGGGGUCCUGAAGAACUCGGGCAACGUAGGCCUGUCCCUCAUCAUCUGGGUGUUGUGUGGUGUCCUCUCUAUGUGUGGUGCCUUGUCUUAUGCAGAUCUUGGCACAUCUAUCAAGAAGUCUGGUGGGCACUACAUCUAUCUGUUGGAAACCCUCGGGCCUGUUCCAGCCUUCCUGAGACUAUGGGCUGAAUUUGUCAUGAUCCGGCCAGCAAAUAUUGCCGUCGUCUGUUUAGCAUUUGGACGUUACUUGAUUGAGCCCCUUUUUGUGCCUUGUAAUGCACCGGAUAUUGCCGUCAAACUCAUCAGCUCCCUCGGAAUCGUCAUGAUCAUUGCACUGAACUGUUGGAGUGUCACCUGGUCUGCUAACCUCCAGAUGGCCUUUACCGCUCUGAAGUUUGUGGCUAUAGCACUAAUUAUAAUACCCGGAAUGAUGGCGUUAACCGACGGACACACAGAGAACUUCCAAGAUGCGUUUGACACAACCUCUCUGGCUCUGGACAAAAUUCCACUGGCGUUCUACUCUGGGAUGUUCGCCUACGGAGGCUGGUUUUACAUCACCUUUGUAACAGAGGAAAUUGUAAAUCCCGAGAGGAACAUUCCCAUCACAGUGGUGGUUUCCCUUAUCAUUGUCACAGUCUGCUACCUUCUCACUAAUGUCUCCUAUUACACCAUCCUGACUGCCAAUGAUGUUCUCACCUCACAAGCAGUGGCCAUGAGCUUCGCCGAAAGAACACUGAAGCAAGCCUCGCCCCUCAUCUCCAUACUGGUGGCAAUGUCCUGUUUUGGAGCUUUAAAUGGUGGGAUAUUUGCUUCCUCCAGGAUGUUGUUUGCUGCAUCCAGAGAAGGGCAGUGGCCGCCCCUGUUUGCAAUGAUUCACAUUCGAAGGCACACGCCCCUUCCUGCCUUGCUAUUAAUGAUGCCGCUGGUCUUCUUGAUGAUUGGAAUUGGUGAUCUUUACGGACUUUUGAAUUUUUACAGCUUUUCAAGAUGGCUGUUCAUGGGACUUUGCACUAUCGGCCUAAUUAUUCAUCAACGAAAGUAUCCCGAUCUCCCUCGGCCCUUUAAGGUGCCGCUGCUCAUCCCCGUGGUCUUCAGUACGAUGUGCCUAUUUAUUGUGGCACUGUCUCUGUAUUCCGAUCCAGUGAACACCGGCAUUGGCUGUCUCAUCACCUUAAGUGGGUUACCCAUGUAUUACCUAACCAUACACCGGCAACGACUGCCCGAGGGAUGGAGACAUGCAUUCAAUCGACUGACAAUGAAGCUACAAGUGGUGAUGGAAGUUAUACCUCAAGAAAAAAAAACGUACUAGAAAAGGUGUUCGUUCAGCUGCUGUCGUCCCUGGUUACAUAAAGGCCAAUCCACUGUAAUAUACUUAUAAUAAAAGCUGCUAUCAAAGUG